CAUCUUACUCUAUAGGGUCGCGAACUUUUUUCAAACCCUAGUCUCACAAUUUUGAAAGAAACCUGAUUCUGAUUUUAUUCCCGCAUCAACAUGGCCAGAAAGAGAAAAACCCGCACUUCGGAAGCUUCUCACCAACCAGAACCGGUCCAAACCCUUGAACCCGAGCCAGAGUCGGAAACCGAUCAAUCCGAUCCAGCGGAAGCCGUAGAGGAAGAACCAGAAGUAGAAGAGGAGGAACAAGAAGAAGAAGAGCAGACAGAUAACUUAAGUCAUGAGUCCAAAAAUGGCACCGUCUCAGCCGACUUAGAAAAUAAGCCCUCUGACAACGCCAUUUUACAAGCUAAUGGGGAGGGUAAGAACGAGGAAGAGGAAUUGGAGGAAGAUACCCUGGAGAAGCUUCUUGAACCAUUUUCUAAAGACCAACUAAUCCUUUUGAUCAAGGAGGCAGUAGCUAAGCACUCUGAUAUACUUGAGAAUGUGCAGAAAUUGGCAGAUGCGGACCCAACGCAUCGGAAAAUUUUUGUGCACGGACUCGGGUGGGACGCGAAUGAAGAGAUUAUUAAGUCUGUUUUUGGAAAGUAUGGUGAGAUUGAGGACUGUAAGGUGGUUAGUGAUAAGAACUCAGGGAAAUCAAAGGGAUAUGGAUUCAUUCUGUAUAAGCACCGGGAUGGGGCUCGCCGGGCUCUGAAGCAGCCCCAGAAGACCAUAGGGAGCCGGACUGCUUCAUGUCAGUUGGCAUCCACUGGCCCUGUCCAGGCUCCUUCGAGUAUAGCAACUGUUUCAGGUCCGCUCGUGUCAGAUUACACGCAGAGGAAGAUAUAUGUGAGCAAUGUAUCAGCAGAGAUUGAUAUAAAGAAGCUUGUGGAGUUCUUUUCAAAGUUUGGGGAGAUUGAGGAAGGGCCACUGGGGUUGGAUAAGCAGACAGGGAAACCAAGAGGAUUCUGUUUGUUUGUAUACAAGAAUCUCGAAAGUGCGAGGAAAGCAUUGGAGGAGCCACAUAAGAAUUUCGAGGGGCAAAUAUUGCAUUGCCAGAAGGCAAUCGAUGGGCCUAAGCCAACCAAGGGCUACUUCAACCACCACCAGCAUCAGCAGAAGCAACAUCACCAGGGGCAGCAGGGAUAUUACCAUCCUAGCUUGAAAAAGGGGAAGUAUGCCGGGAGCAGUGGAGUGGUGCACACAGGGGGGCACUUGAUGGCACCAAGUGCAGGUCCAGCCAUGCAUUCCAUGGGGUUGAACCCUGCAGUUCCACCUGCGGCUCUUGGGCAGGCUGUGGCUGCUUUAUUGGCCUCACAAGGUGCAGGGUUAGGUAUCGGUAAUUUGCUUGGAGGGAUUGGAUCUGAUGGGAAUCAGCAGGGAGUGCCACCGACAAUGAGUAAUGUGGGUUAUAGAGCUCAGGGCGGUGUUAGUGGGUAUGGAAGUCUGCCUGGGAUGCAAGGAGGAUAUGUUCCUGGUGGCACUAGACCGCAGCAAGGUGGUGCAUCUUACAUGGGUCAUGGCCACUAUAUUCUUCAUAAAAUCAUCAAACUUUUAGUUUUGGAGUCUGGUGAUACUUCUGAAGUUCGCGACCUCAUGCAAAAUGACAUCUUUCGUUGUAGACAAAGUUCUUGUUUCAUAAAGACUAGAAUUUAAAACAUGUAUUUCCUUUAAAUCGAAGUACUUAUGUUGUUGAAUGCUUUUUAAAAUCGUGUCGUAUUUUGGUUCCAAUAACAUCUUUUAGAAAAGGAUCAAAAACCAACAUAUACCCUGCAUACGUCUCUCCAGAAUUUUAAGGUUGUUAAUCUACUAUCUUUUCUACUAUUGAUUUUUACGUUAGUUGUUCUCUUUGCUUUAUUCAAAAUUUUAAGCUUCAUUUUGAUUUUAAAGCACAUGGUGCUUUAUUUAUCAAUGCAAAAAUCCUAUGCAACUAUAUUUGUAAUUGAAGCGGAACGUCAAUUCAAUUGGUCUUCCAGUAGUUUAUUCCAUAGACGAAUAUUUCAUGGUGGAACUAAUUUUCAUUGCAGUAAGAUCUUGUUAACAGUUAUUAUUGCAGGAAUUCUGACAGUGCAGGCAAAGCUUAUGACAUCUUACUGCUGCCGCUCUUUCUUUCAUUAACUAAAAAAUUUCCUUUUGAUUUGUUUAACAUAAUUAUAUUUUGGUUGCAUCUGAGAAAUUCAAUAAGCUAUAGGUUUUUUCAAGUGAAUUUUAGAAUUGGCAUCCACUGAAUUCUGGAAAAUGCUCUUUUACAGCCAAAGGAUUUUUGCUCUAUUUUUUUUCUGAAAUUAGAACUUUCGAAUAUUCCUAGGUAAAGGAAAUUUUCAUAUCAACCGUUUUCAAUGUUGGACUUCAGUUGUUGUCAAAGGUUUUGAUUUCAGCCUGUUGGUGGGCCGAUUACAUUUAGAAUUUUUCUUUUGAAUUGCUUUGCCAAUGCUUUUUCAAAACUUCUUUCAGUCGCCGAUUCAAAUUGAUACUGUGGAAGCAUUUAGUCCUUUUGUCUUUUGGGUGUUGGCAUUGAAAGAUCUGAGGAGCCUAAACAACCAGCUGAUGCUAGAAGGGCUUUUGCAUUAUGCCACUUUCUUGGUUACGAGUCAAUAUGGUCAUAAAGAUUGCACGGAGAAGAAAUUUUAUAUGGUCAGAAGAAAGAUUGGAUUUUGCCGAAGUUGUUGAUGUACAUGCUUUCUGAUCAGUAGUUAGUGUCUUGUAGUAUGGGUAUCAUAUAUGAUAUUGAAUGUGCAAUCUUGGAAUUGAAUGUCUUUGUUUACCUGGAAAUUGCACUAGGCCAUUUUUUUUGGGAUACAAGAGGCUUUAUGGCAAUAAGGAUUGUACCGUGGAGAAACUAUAUGCGGCCAGGGGAAAGAUCGGAUGUUGCCAUAGUUGUUGAUGUACUUGCUCUCUGGUCAGUGGUUAUUGUUUCUUGUACGUGUGAUCAUGGAAUUGGAUGUCGUUUUUGCCUGGAAAUUAUUUGCUCCUUUACGGUGCUGCUUAGAUUGAUUGUCAUUUGGUCAAGUGGCUUGUCAAUACACCCCAAGUCCACUCUGUGCUUUUGCCUCUUUGGUAAAGCCUGGUACCCUAGUAGAGUGGCAGCCUUUUAACUUCUUUUUCUCCCCAUUGAGUCCAGUCUGGUUUGGUUAACGUGCCAAACAUGCCAUUAGCAUUCAUUAGGACACUUUGUUGCUUAUUCAAUAUUUGCUUCUUGGGAUGCUGUGCCAAAAUAUUUUAGCCACAAAUCCCAGUUUGAAAAGUAUUAGAUAUUUGUGUAGUGUCUUACAGAUUGGGAUUACCAUUUAAAGGAUUAUAAUUGUGGAAAUUA